UAUCCAAAGCUGUUUGCAUGAGUAAAACAAUCAACCCGGGGGAAGAUUUCUGAUAAAACCUGCUCUGCUUAUAAGGGUGACAGCACUCUCUCUCUCGGUUGCCAAAGAACGGUCAAUCCCUUAAAGUUUAAACACAGAAACUUUGUCAAUUCCACGAUGAAGGCAUUUAUCGGUUUUGCUCUGACUAUGUUGGUAGCUUUGGCUGCCAGUACAUGUAAUCACGCUGCCGCGCAGGGAGUGAAGAUAAAUGGCAGCUCGCCAGAUUUUGAUAAAGCCAGCGUUGGAGUUGCGAACGCCGUAACUGGUCUUCUCACUACACUUACUGACACGCUGAAGUUCCAGCUUAAAGUGGCAAAAGAUAAAUUCGGAAAGGCGCCAAACUCACGCCCAAGUAACCCGAGCCCAGGUUACUCUAGCCCAACUUACAACACAGGAGGUUACUCGACCCCAAGUUACAACACAGGAGGUUACUCUAGAACAAGUUACAACACAGGAGGUUACUCUAGAUCAAGUUACAACACAGGAGGUUACUCUAGAUCAAGUUACAACACAGGAGGUUACAAUAGCCCAAGUUACAACACAGGAGGUUACUCUAGAUCAAGUUACAACACAGGAGGUUACUCUAGAUCAAGUUACACGACAGGUAACUCGAGGUACCACACGACAGGUAACUCGAGGUACCACACGACAGGUAACUCGAGGUACCACAUGACAGGAAGUUACCGGAGCUCGGCAAUCUAUUAGGCUAGACGAUUUCGUGCGAUCGGAAACCCUGAACCGCAUCUCAACGAUCAGGGCCUACAGAAUAGCAGCUUUGAAUAACUUAAACCUUUCACACCAAGAAUGCCGCGGCAAUAAACCCUGGCGUUGCAGAUUCUAUUUCCAAGUGUCAAAUGGUAACUUCAAGAGGUCAACGAAUUUCAAUUAACAGGUUGUAAUAGACAAACGGAGAAUCAAGCCCACGUUUUUUUACCGGAAAUCCUCAAAGCGUGUAUUAUUUUGGCCUCUGACUAAAGAAUACGAAAUUUACAUGUAAAAGCAAUCUUCAUCAGCAUGAUCGGAGAAAAUUCCAUGUCUUGGCGAUCUUCUAGUUGACUCUCAUAUUGUUUAGUGCAUCCCGGGGGUACUUAACAACUUGCACAAAUCUAUAUCAUGUCAAAUUACGUCCGUCUUCCCUUCUUCUCAUCCAUUGAAGUACACCUGUCGAAGUUGAACCUGCAACAUAUUGGCGUAAUGUUUCUCACUGUACUGCAUACACCGUACAUGUCAUGUUAAUGCAUAGUAAUAAAUCAUAUCCAGAA